GGUCUGAGGAUCCGGCUCUUCAACUUCUCCCUGAAGCUGCUGACCUGUCUCCUGUACAUCGUCCGCGUCCUGCUCGACAACCCGGAGGAGGGCAUCGGCUGCUGGGAAUGCGAAAAACAGAAUUACACAGCAUUCAACCAGUCCACGAAAAUAAACUGGUCACACAUCUUCUGGGUGGAUAGGAAAACGCCGCUGUGGGCUGUGCAAGUCAGCAUCGCCCUGAUCAGCUUUCUGGAGACCAUGCUGCUCAUCUAUCUCAGCUACAAGGGGAACAUUUGGGAACAGAUUUUUCGCAUUUCGUUCAUCCUUGAGAUGAUCAACACAGUGCCAUUUAUUAUCACGAUAUUCUGGCCUCCUUUGCGGAAUUUGUUCAUUCCCGUGUUCCUGAACUGCUGGCUUGCCAAGUACGCCCUGGAGAACAUGAUUAAUGACUUGCACCGAGCCAUCCAGAGGACGCAGUCGGCAAUGUUUAACCAGGUGCUCAUCCUGAUCUGCACCCUCCUGUGCCUUGUGUUCACAGGGACCUGCGGCAUCCAGCAUUUAGAAAGAGCAGGUGAGAAGCUCUCCCUCUUCAAGUCCUUUUAUUUCUGCAUCGUCACCUUUUCCACCGUGGGCUAUGGAGAUGUGACACCAAAGAUCUGGCCUUCCCAGCUCCUCGUCGUGAUCAUGAUUUGCGUCGCCUUGGUCGUGCUGCCGCUCCAGUUUGAGGAGCUCGUCUACCUGUGGAUGGAGCGGCAGAAGUCAGGAGGCAACUACAGCCGCCACCGUGCCCAGACGGAGAAACACGUCGUCCUUUGUGUCAGCUCCCUCAAGAUCGAUCUCCUCAUGGACUUCCUCAAUGAAUUUUAUGCCCACCCACGCCUGCAGGAUUACUACGUGGUGAUCCUGUGCCCAACAGAGAUGGACAUCCAGGUGCGAAGGGUCCUGCAGAUCCCUCUGUGGUCACAGCGAGUGAUCUACCUCCAGGGCUCUGCGCUGAAGGACCAGGACCUCAUGAGAGCCAAGAUGGACAACGGAGAAGCCUGCUUCAUCCUCAGCAGCCGAAACGAGGUGGACCGCACUGCUGCGGACCACCAGACCAUCCUGAGAGCCUGGGCUGUGAAAGACUUUGCUCCAAACUGUCCUCUCUACGUCCAGAUCCUAAAGCCUGAAAACAAGUUUCACGUCAAGUUUGCUGGUGAGUCGGAGGGGCUGGGUGGCAGCGGGCAGCACCGCUCGCCUCGCCGGGCAGGACUGUCUGACCUGGAGGGCCAGGAGUCCCCGGAGCAGUGGCAGCGGAUGUAUGGGCGCUGCUCGGGCAAUGAGGUCUACCACAUCCGGAUGGGUGACAGCAAGUUCUUC